AUGAUAAAAAAAGAUAUAAUAUUAAUAAUUUUAGUAGUAUUACAUUUAUUUUUCUUGGUUUCAAUUUUAAGAAUACCUUCAGUAUCACCACCAAUAACAAAUAAUAAAAAUUAUAAAGAAAAUAUCCAGCACCAACAAAACAUUCACGAAAAAAUUAAUAAAGAAGAUAUAGAUUCUAGAGAAAUUAAUAAAAACAAAAUUAAUAAUAAUGGUAAUGAUAAUAAUACCAAUAACAAUAUUAAAAUUAAACUAAAUGAAAAAAAUGUUUAUGUUACAUUUACAAACAAUGCACAAUAUAUAAAAGGAAUUAUAGCAUUAAGAAUGUCAAUGAUAAAGAGUGACUGUAAAUAUGGUUUAAUAGUAUUUGUAACUAAAGAGGUUCCAGAAGCAGAAAGGGUACCACUACGUUUAUUAGAUUGUGAUGUUAGAGAGAUCAAUAUGGUCGAUAUUCCAAAGGAAGUAACAGUUCAAAUCGAAAGAUGGAGACCUGCAUUCACCAAAUUCCGUGCUUGGCAAUUAACAGAGUUUGAAAAAGUAAUCUGGUUAGAUUCUGAUAUGUUAUUAAUGAAAUCUUUAGAUCAUUUAUUCGAUCUUGUAGAUCCAAGUAACCCAAAGCUUUUAUACGCUGCUGUUGAUGCCGAUGCAAAUAGCUGCCAAUAUCAACCGGAUAGAUUAAAACUUAUUAAUAGUGGUAUUAUGGUCCUAUCCCCCGCAUUAGAUGUUUAUAAUAUGUUGGUGGAUGGAAUGGUAGUAGUUAGUAAACUUCCAAAUCAAGUAAAUGUAAAUGAUCAAGAUGUUAUUAAUUCAACUCUUAAUUGGAAGCCUCUCAGCUAUCCCGAUUAUGGUGUUCAAAUUAAUCAUUGUGAAUGUGAAGAUUCUAGACUUUGGAAUUUCCAAUCAACUUAUUUUAUUCACUAUACUGCAGGCCUUAAAGAAUUACCAAAACCAUGGAAACUAUUAGAUUUAAAGAGCUCUGAAAUAGCAAACGAUUUAUUAUCGCCCAUGCCAAAAUGUAUUCAACAACUAUAUCAUACCUGGUUAGAUACUUAUAAUGCUGGAAUUGACCAAAUAGACACAAUCGUAAAAUUAAAAUCAAAAUAA